GCGGUGGCGGACCGCAACGACCACGACCCCGUGUUCGAGCAGGGCGAGUACCGCGAGACCAUCCGGGAGAACGUGGAGGAGGGCUACCCUAUCCUGCAGCUGCGGGCCACAGACGCUGACUCGCCGCCCAACGCCAACAUCCGCUACCGCUUCGUGGACGAGCGCGCCGCCCAUGCUGUCUUCGAGAUCGACCCCCGCUCGGGGCUCAUCACCACCAGCGGCCCGGUGGACAGGGAGAUGAUGGAGAAGUACGCGCUGGUGGUGGAGGCCAGCGACCAGGGGAAGGAGCCUGGCCCCCGGUCAGCCACGGUGAAGGUCUACAUCACCGUCCUGGAUGAGAACGACAAUGUCCCGCAGUUCAGCGAGAAGCGCUACAUUGUCCAGGUGCGGGAGGACGUACGGCCCCACACAGAGAUCCUGAGAGUGACGGCCACUGACUUGGACAAGGACAACAAUGCGCUGGUUCACUACAACAUCAUCAGUGGCAAUAGCAGGGGCCAGUUCUCCAUUGACAGCGUGACCGGGGAAAUACAGGUGGUGGCGCCUCUGGAUUUCGAGGUGGAACGCGAGUACGCCCUGAGGAUCCGUGCCCAGGAUGCAGGGCGCCCUCCCUUGUCUAACAACACAGGCAUGGUCAGCAUCCAAGUGGUGGACAUUAAUGACCAUGCCCCAAUCUUUGUCAGCACCCCAUUUCAAAUCUCUGUGCUGGAAAAUGCCCCCCUGGGCCAUUCUGUGAUCCACAUCCAGGCAGUGGACGCAGAUUAUGGGGAAAACUCUCGCCUGGAAUACAAACUGACGGGGGUCUCAGCCGAUACCCCCUUUGUGGUGAACAGCGCCACUGGAUGGAUCACAGUGAGUGGCCCGCUGGACCGAGAGUCAGUGGAACAUUACUUUUUUGGGGUGGAGGCUCGGGACCACGGUUCUCCAUCCUUAUCUGCCUCUGCCAGUGUCACCAUCACAGUCAUGGACGUGAAUGACAAUCGCCCUGAGUUCACCCAGAAGGAGUAUUUCAUCCGUCUGAAUGAAGAUGCCGCGGUGGGGACCAGUGUUCUCAGCGUCACUGCAAUCGACCGGGAUGUGAACAGUGCCAUCAGCUACCAGAUAACUGGGGGGAACCCACGCAACCGCUUCUCCAUCAGCACUCAGGGCGGUGUGGGACUGAUCACCCUCUCUCUGCCCCUGGACUAUAAGCAGGACAGGAGCUAUGUGCUUGCGGUGACUGCCUCUGACCGGACCCUGCAUGACAUCUGCCACGUCCAUAUCAACAUCACAGAUGCCAACACCCAUCGGCCAGUGUUCCAGAGUGCCCACUAUUCGGUGAGUGUCAAUGAGGACCGUCCAGUGGGCAGCACAGUAGUAGUGAUCAGUGCUACUGAUGAUGAUGUGGGGGAAAAUGCCAGGAUCACUUAUUACCUAGAGGACAACAUUCCUCAAUUUCGCAUUGAUCCAGACUCGGGGGCCAUCACCUUGCAGGCGGAGCUGGACUACGAAGACCAGGUGACCUACACUUUGGCCAUCACUGCCAAGGAUAAUGGCAUUCCUCAGAAAGCGGACACCACCUAUGUAGAAAUCAUGGUGAAUGAUGUAAAUGAUAAUGCCCCCCAGUUUGUCAGUGCUCACUAUCAAGGCAUCAUCUCUGAGGAUGCCACGCCAUUCACCAGCGUGCUCCAGAUCUCUGCCACUGACCGGGAUGCUCAUACCAACGGGCGGGUACAAUACACCUUCCAGAAUGGUGAGGAUGGAGAUGGGGAUUUCACCAUAGAGCCCACCUCUGGGAUUAUCCGCACCGUCCGCAGGCUGGACCGGGAGAGCGUUCCUGUCUAUGAGUUGACUGCCUAUGCUGUGGACAGGGGGGUGCCUCCUCAGAGAACCCCAGUUCACAUACAAGUCACUGUUCAGGAUGUGAAUGACAAUGCUCCUGUUUUCCCAGCUGAAGAAUUUGAAGUCUUGGUGAAGGAGAACAGCAUUGUAGGCUCUGUAGUAGCCCAGAUCACAGCUGUUGACCCAGAUGAAGGGCCCAAUGCCCAGAUUAUGUAUCAGAUUGUGGAAGGCAACAUCCCCGAGAUCUUCCAGAUGGACAUCUUUUCUGGGGAGCUCACUGCCUUGAUUGACCUGGAUUACGAGACAAAGCCUGAGUAUGUAAUUGUGGUCCAGGCCACAUCAGCUCCUUUGGUCAGCAGAGCCAUGGUCCACAUCAAACUCAUUGACCAAAAUGACAAUAGUCCUGUCCUUAAGAAUUUCCAGAUACUCUUCAAUAACUAUGUCUCCAACAAGUCCAACACCUUCCCUUCUGGUGUGAUAGGGAAGAUCCCUGCCUAUGAUCCAGAUGUGUCUGACAGGCUUUUCUACACCUUUGAACGGGGAAAUGAACUGCACUUGUUGAUUGUAAAUCAGUCAAGCGGUGAGCUGAGGCUGAGCCGAAAGCUGGACAACAACCGUCCCCUGGUGGCCUCCAUGCUGGUGACUGUGACAGAUGGGAUCCACAGCGUGACAGCCCAGUGCGUCCUGCGUGUCAUCAUCAUCACAGAGGACAUGCUGGCCAACAGCAUCACGGUGCGCCUGGAGAACAUGUGGCAGGAGCGCUUCCUGUCCCCGCUGCUCACCAGCUUCCUGGAGGGGGUGGCCACCGUGCUGGCCACGCCCAAGGAGGACGUCUUCAUCUUCAACAUCCAGAAUGACACGGACGUGGGGGGGGCUGUGCUCAAUGUCAGCUUCUCGGCGCUGGCGCCCCGCGGCCGGCACUUCUUCAGCUCCGAGGAGCUGCAGGAGCAGCUGUACAUGAAGCGCAUGGCACUGACAGCGGCCUCCAUGCUGGAGGUGCUGCCCUUUGAUGACAAUGUCUGUCUGCGGGAGCCCUGCCAGAACUACAUGAAGUGCAUCUCCGUGCUCAAGUUCGACAGCUCGGCCCCCUUCAUUGCCUCCCCAUCCACCCUCUUCCGGCCCAUCCACCCCAUCACAGGCCUGCGCUGCCGCUGCCCGCAGGGCUUCACCGGGGACUACUGUGAAACUGAGAUCAACCUGUGCUACUCCAACCCCUGCCGCAACGGUGGUGUCUGUACCCGCAAGGAGGGCGGCUACACCUGCAUCUGCCGCCAGCACUUCACAGGUGACAACUGCGAAGUGGACAGUCGCUCAGGGCACUGCAUCCCAGGUGUGUGCCGCAACGGAGGCACCUGCACCAACUCUGCUGAUGGCGGCUUCCAGUGCCAGUGCCCUUCGGGGGGCUUCGAGAAGCCCUACUGCGAGGUGACCACCCGCGCCUUCACACCCAAGUCUUUCGUCAUGUUCCGGGGGCUGCGCCAGAGGUUCCACCUCACCCUGUCCCUCUCGUUUGCCACCCAGGAGCGCAGCGGCCUCCUGCUCUACAAUGGGCGCCUGAAUGAGAAGCAUGACUUCCUGGCGGUGGAGAUCAUCGAUGGGCAGGUGCAGCUGAAAUACUCCACAGGAGAGUCCAGCACCUUGGUGGCCCCGUAUGUUCCAGGGGGUGUGAGCGAUGGGCAGUGGCACACGGUGCAGCUCCUCUACUACAACAAGCCCAAGCUUGGCUCGCUGGGGGUGGUCCAGGGCCCCUCCAAGGACAAGGUGGCCAUCUUGACGGUGGAUGAGUGUGACACAUCGGUAGCAUUGCAGUUUGGCAGCGAGAUUGGAAACUAUUCCUGUGCGGCGGAGGGGGUGCAGACCAGCUCCAAGAAGUCCCUGGACCUCACUGGGCCCCUGCUCCUUGGAGGGGUGCCCAAUCUGCCCGAAAACUUCCCUGUGACACACAGAGAUUUUGUGGGGUGCAUGAGGGACCUGUACAUCGACAGCAGACGUGUUGACCUGGCUUCCUACAUUGCAAACAAUGGAACCUCUACAGGCUGCCAUGCCAAGCACACCUUCUGCAACUCCAACCCCUGCAAGAAUGGCGGCACCUGCUCGGUGGGCUGGGGGACCUUCUUCUGCAAGUGCCCGGUGGGCUUCGGGGGCAAGGACUGCCGGCAGGCCAUGCCCCACGCUCACUAUUUCCAUGGUAACGGCCUCCUGUCCUGGGAGUUUAAGAGUGAGGUGAAGAUCUCGGUGCCGUGGUACGUGGGACUGGCGUUCCGCACCCGCCAGCUGGAUGGGGUGCUGCUGCAGGCACACGCUGGCCAAUAUACCACCCUUCUCUGCCAGCUGGAUGCAGGCCUGCUCUCCCUCGUGGUGAACAGGGGCGCCGGCCGCACCACCAAGCUACUUCUGGACCAGCUGCACCUGAGUGAUGGGAAGUGGCAUGACGUCCAGCUGGAGCUGCGGGAUGUUCACAACGGGCGGGACUCACGCUACAUCAUUACUGUCAGCCUGGACUUUGGGGUCUACCAGGACACCGUGGUUGUGGGGAAUGAGCUGCAUGGCCUGAAGGUGAAGCAUCUCCAUGUCGGGGGGAUCCCGGGGCCUGGCGAGGUGCAGGGUGGUCUGAAGGGCUGCGUGCAGGGCGUGCGCCUCGGGGACUCGCCUACAGGGCUGGCAUUGCCCAAGCCCAGCAGUGCCCUGAAUGUGGAGGCAGGAUGCAGCGUGCCCAAUGCCUGUGAUGCCAGCCCUUGCCCAGCCAACGGCAUCUGCAGGGAUGAGUGGCAGAGCUACUCCUGCACAUGCCAGCCAGGGUACUAUGGAGGGGACUGCAUGGAUGCCUGUCACUUCAAUCCCUGUAAGAACAAGUCAGUAUGUCGACGGCGGCCAGGCGCCCCCCUGGGGUAUGUGUGCGAGUGCAAAGGGAACUUCUUUGGGCAGUACUGUGAACACAGGAUGGACCAGCAGUGUCCCAAAGGCUGGUGGGGGAACCCGACCUGCGGGCCCUGUAACUGCGACAUCAACAAGGGCUUCGACCCUGACUGUAACAAAACCAAUGGGAAAUGCCACUGCAAGGACUUCCAUUACCGGCCCCAAGGCAGUGACACCUGCCUGCCCUGCGACUGCUACCCUGUGGGUUCCUCCUCACGCUCCUGCGACAAGGACUCAGGCCAGUGCCACUGCAGGUCUGGUGUGAUCGGACGCCAGUGCAACAACUGCGACAGCCCCUUUGCAGAGGUGACACCAAGCGGCUGCGAGGUGCUCUACGACGGAUGCCCCAAGACCCUGAGAGCGGGUGUCUGGUGGCCACAGACCAAGUUUGGCUUCUCAGCCCUGGUGCCUUGUCCCAAAGGUUCCUUGGGCUCAGCUGUCCGACACUGUGAUGAGGGGAAAGGCUGGCUGGAGCCAGACCUCUUCAACUGCACAUCGCCUGCCUUCAAGGAGCUCUCUGCACUGCUGCAGGGCCUGGAGAGGAACGAGACAGAGCUGAACACCAUCGAGGCGAAGAAGCUGGCCCUUCGGCUGCGCACAGUGACUGACCAGAUGGAGCGCUACUUCGGCAAUGAUGUCCACAUCACCUACCGCCUCCUGUCCCGCCUGAUGGAUUUUGAGAGCAGGCAGCAUGGCUUUGGCCUGACAGCCACCCAGGAUGCCCACUUCAAUGAGAACCUGUUGCAGGCAGGAAGCUCAGUGCUGGCACCAGAGAAUCGUGAGCACUGGGACAUGCUGCUGCAGAGUGAACACGGCAGCGCUGGGCUGAUGGAGCGGCUGCGAGAGUACACGGGCACGCUGGCCAGCAACAUGAAACUCACCUACCUCAACCCCGUGGGCGUGGUGACGCCCAAUAUCAUGCUCAGCAUUGACCGCAUGGAGAACCACACCCAUGUGCGGAGACGCUACCCCCGCUACCACAGCAGCCUGUUCCGGGGCCAGGCCCUGUGGGACCCCCACACCCACGUGGUGCUGCCGCUUUCAUUGCUCACCCCCCUCAAAGCAGAAGUGGUGCCGACACCUGCAAGCAGUGAAGGGAAUGACACAAUGUGGACCUCGCCCCCCAGGCAGGCCCUCCCAGACCCUGAGCCUGCUGUCACCAUCAUCAUCCUCAUCAUCUACCGCACACUGGGGGGACUGCUCCCUGCCCGCUACCAGGUGGAUCGCCGCAGCCUCAGACUGCCCAAGAACCCCGUCAUGAACUCCCCUAUUGUGAGUGUGUCUGUGUUCAGCAACCACACCUUCAUCCAGGGCACCCUGGAGGCACCACUGGUACUGGAGUUUCGCCUGCUGCAGACGGCCAACCGGAGCAAGCCCCUGUGCGUGCAGUGGAACCACUCCAGCCUGACUGACCCUUCCGGCUUCUGGACAGCAAGAGACUGUGACCUUGUGUACAGGAACACCACACAUGUGCACUGUCAGUGCUCCCAGUUUGGCACCUUUGGGGUCCUCAUGGACAGCUCCCACCGAGAGCAACUGGAGGGUGACCUGGAGACCUUGGCCAUUGUCACCUACUCCCUGGUGUCUCUGUCCCUCGUGGCUCUGCUGCUGACCUUCUUCUUCUUGACAUGUCUGAAGGGCCUCAAGUCCAACACCCGGGGCAUCUACUCCAACAUAGCUGCCACCCUCUUCUUCUCUGAGCUGCUCUUCCUCCUGGGCAUCAACCGCACUGAAAACCAGUUCCUCUGCACUGUGAUUGCCAUCCUGCUGCACUGCUUCUUCCUCUCCACCUUCGCCUGGCUCUUUGUCCAGGGCCUCCACAUCUACCGCAUGCAAACUGAAGCCCGCAAUGUCAACUUCGGGGCCAUGAGGUUCUACUAUGCCAUUGGCUGGGGGGUGCCUGCCAUCAUCACAGGACUGUCAGUUGGCCUGGACCCUGAGGGCUAUGGGAACCCUGACUUCUGCUGGAUUUCCAUCCAUGAUAAGCUGGUCUGGAGCUUUGCGGGCCCCAUCACCAUCGUCAUUGUGAUGAAUGGAGUUAUGUUCCUGCUGGUGGCAAAGAUGUCGUGUUCCCCUGGUCAGAAGGAGGCCAAGAAGAAGUCAGUGCUCAUGACGCUACGAAGCUCAUUUGUUCUGCUUCUAGUUAUUAGUACUACCUGGCUCUUUGGCCUCUUGGCUGUCAACAACAGUGUCCUGGCUUUCCACUACCUCUACACUGUCCUCUGCAGCCUCCAGGGCUUGGCUGUGUUGCUUCUGUUCUGUGUCCUGAAUGAAGAGGUGCAGGAGGCCUGGAAACUGGCCUGCCUUGGCAAGAAGGGGCAGGGUGAGGAGGCAGCCAGGAGUGCACAGGGCCCCAGUGCAUACAACAACACGGCGCUGUUUGAGGAGAGUGGCCUCAUCCGUAUCACCCUGGGGGCCUCCACCAUCUCCUCAGUCAGCAGCGUCCGCUCCGGCCACACCCACUCCAGCCAGCGGGGUUACCUCAGAGAGAACAUGAUGGCGCGUCAGGGCUCUGCCCUGGAUCACAGCCUACUCGGUCACACCGGCCCCACGGACCUCGAUGUGGCAAUGUUCCACCGUGAUGCAGGAGGAGAUCAAGACUCAGACUCGGACAGCGACCUCUCCCUGGAUGAGGAGCGCAGCCUCUCCAUCCCCUCAUCGGAGAGCGAGGAGAAUGUGCGUCUGCGUGGCAGGUUCCAGCGCCAGUUCAAACGGGCCGCACACAGCGAGCGUCUCCUCACCAAUCCCUCCAACACCACUCCCAAGGAUGUGGAUGGCAAUGAUCUGAUGUCCUACUGGCCAGCGUUGGGUGAAUGCGAGGUUCACCCCUGCUCUCUGCAGAAAUGGGGCUCUGAGCGGAAGCUGGGAUUCGACAUCAAUAAAGAUGCAGCCAACAACAACCAGCCAGACCUGGCCCUGACCAGCGGGGACGAGAACUCCCUCACCCAGACCCAGCGCCAAAGGAAAGGGAUUCUAAAGAAUCGCCUCCAGUACCCUCCAGCUCUGCAGGGCUUGUCAUCUGUGGGCAGAAUGACCAAUGAGCUCUCUUGGUACAAAACGUCCACGUUGGGUCACCGGGCUGUUCCGGCUGCUUCCUAUGGCAGGAUCUACUCAGGGGCAGGCAGCCUCUCCCAGCCAGCUAGCCGGUACUCUUCCCGGGAGCAGCUCGACAUGCUGAUGAGAAGGCAGAUGUCCAGAGAGCAGCUGAGCAGGAACAACUCGGGGGAGCGUUUGGAAGCUGUCCCCAGCAGGCACGGCUCCAGGGAGCAGCUGGACACCAUCCCUAGUAGGCAUGGGUCUAGAGAACACCUGGAAAAUCUACCCAGCAGGCAUGGGUCUAGAGGGGACUUAGACACCUUAGCUACCAGGUAUGAUCAAAGCGAUCAUGGGAAUACACUUCCCAGGAGGCAGGGGUCUAGAGACCAUCUAGAUAUGUUACCCAGUAGGUUUGGGUCGAGAGAACAACUAGACUGUGGGCCAGUAAGAGAAGUCUCUAGAGAGUGGCUAAAUACGUUACCUAGUAGGCAAAUUUCUAGAGAUCGAAUGGACACUUUGCCAAGUCGAGACACAUCUCGGGAGCAAUUGGAUCUGCUUUCUCGAAGACGGCCUUCAAGGGACCAGCUUGCAUCAGCUAGGCAACCUUCAAGAGAGCAGCUGGACUUUUUAUCCAGAAGAUCUACUUCCAGGGAGCAUCUGGAUACAGUGCCCAGUAGGCAUCCAUCACGGGAAAAUUUAGAGUCUUUGUCUAGAAGACAGCCCUCCCGAGAGAACCUAGAACCUCUUUCUAGGAGGCAGCCUUCUAGAGAGAAUCUGGAAGCAGCUGCCAACCAACACCCUUCCACGGAGCAAUUAGACAUCCUUUCUUCCAUCCUUGCUUCAUUUAAUUCCUCUGUCCUGUCCUCCAUGCAAUCCUCCAGCACUCCCUCUGGCCCACAGACCACGGCAACUCCUUCUGCAGUGCAGACCUCCUCAACACCUUCUGUGCCGUGCCCUUCCACACCUCGCUCUGCGACCUCCCACAGUAUCUCUGAGCUGUCGCCAGAUUCAGAAGUCACGAGAAGUGAGGGCCAUUCCUGAGGGGCCCGAGCUGCCUCAAGAGCAAAGGAAGAAGCAGGGGUGUUCGCCUGGCCGGACCCUUCCAGCAGACGGUCAGGGUCCCUGGGGGGGCAGGCGCCUGCAAGGAGAAAACUGACAGUGGUUGGAGGCCCGAAGGCACCCCGCCUUCCCCACCCAUCAUUGCUGGAGGACUCGUGGGCCGCGAGCCAGGCAGGCUACGCCAACGCCCCUGGGAGAAAGGGGUCUCAGGUACCUCUGGGCCAACUGAGGCUGCACCAGCCAAUUGCCUGCCUUGACAGGGUGCCCCGGAGCAGGGAGCAGCACUACACCAUGAGCAAAACCCCCUGCUGGUGCCACUCGUUAACAUAUCAGAAACAAAUGGAUCGAAAUCUUCCUCUCUGAACCCUUUCUACACUGUGUGUGUGUGCGCGUGUGCGUGUCCUGGGGGUGGGGAGGGUUUUAUACAUUUUGUAUCUUUGUAAUCAGAGAGAAGAGAAAUUUCUAUGGUUAUUUUUACGGAACUUUCUGUUCCUGUUGCCGCGAUGCUGACGGCGACUGCAGCCAGGGUCUCGCGGGGCUACGGCCUCCCCAGCGCAGGCUCUGGGCAGGGGGAGGCCAAUGUGCCAUGGAGCCCCCUCCCAGCGAGCAGUGUUCUUCAGGACUCUCCUGCGUGGCGUCCCAUCCCGGGGCUGUCUCCUGUUCUUGGGGAAGCGACAGUGCCAGGCAGGCAGAGAGAGGCAGCAGUGCCUCUGCUGGUGCCCCAGUCCUGACCCACAGCACUCCCUGCCCCCCUUGACCCUGCCAGUGCCCCUCCUUCCUGACGUGGUGCCCUCACAGUCACCCAGGCCAGAGCCCCGGGCCAGCCAUGCGCACCAGCCUUCCUCUGCAGCCCCCAUCUGAGUCCAGAGCAGAGGCUGCCAUGAGAGGGGUGAGCUGGUGGAGCCCCCCUGGCCGUCAGUCUGAGCUGAGCUGUGUCACUCGCCACCAGUUAGUAACAGGGGCAGAGGAGAAAGAGCUCCAGCGUAGUGUGUCUGUUCAGCAAGCGGGAAGGCAGGGCUCAGUGGGGACAGCUGCUGAGGCACUAAGCCCUCUGUGAAAACUCUGCUUCACAUCCUAGUCUUCCUAGACCUGUCUUGCCCUCCCACUCCUCUGGCCACCCCCCCCGCAGUGCCCUCUGACAGCACUGGUGAUGGGAAAAGCCUCUUGGUUCCUGAUCCAGCAUCAAAUAUCAAGUGUUUGCCUCUCUCCGACUUGGAUGUAUAAGGGCAACCCCCCUCCUGCCUACAAUCCUAGGAGCCUUGGGGUUGGCACCUGCCACAGAGAGGGGGGCAGAUGCCAUGGGGAAGCCUGGGGGCUCAGGUGGGGCCGUUUCUUUUAGAGCUAGCAGUCUCCCAAACUGCAGUCAAAGGAACGAGCACUGAAAGUGGCUUAGCUGGUACAGAAGCAUGGGCUGGGGGCACCGGCAAAGCACCUUCAUGCCUCCCUCCCAGCACAUAUGGGAGCUAGUGACUCCUGUGCCUGCUGCA